AUGGCUUCUUUUAGUUCUACCGUCAAGUUUCUUCUCUUUAUUGUUUUUCUCCUCGUUGUUCAAGUUUGUUCAGCUCCCCAAUUAACCCUUAAAAGAGAUGAUCCACUUAGAUCACCACCUAUAAUGGCUUUUAGAUCAAAGCCAAGUAGCCCCAGGGUGGAUAUAGAAAUUGGAAAGAUCACAAAAGCUAUAUGGGAUUCAGGUUUCAAAGUCAUGUCUCUAAUGCUUGAGAGAAAUCUCAAGGUAGCCAUAUCUUAUCAAGAAUUUGAAGCUGGUAGCAACUCAACCAUCACCUUAUACAACAACCAGGCAGUCACCAUAUUUGUUCCCAAUGAUGAUGCUGUUCGUUAUGAGCAUUAUUUCCCGUGUCAGAAUUUAGGCUAUCAAAUUGCAGCAUCCAAGGUUGAUAAAAAAUUGUUCAGUGCUUUAGAGAAGAAUGCUGUCCAUGGGUUGCCAACUUUUGAUGCCGAGCUGGGUCAAUCCGUUUAUGCACAUAUUGCUUCUUACUGGCGUAGUGGUGAAAACGGUGAGCUUAUUGAACUGGAGGAGUUCUGCAUCAACAAUGUUAAAAUCACCAACUGGGAUAUCUAUAAUGAUGGGCAUGUGAUUGUUCAUGGAGUUGACGGCUUUUUUAACAGAAUGGCCGGCCACAAUAUUUGGCUGUUGGGAAUGAAGCGGGGAACUAUGAAUAAUGAAAAUAAUUUGUUCGAGGAUGGUGAAGGGCUGAAUGCAAGCAGAACAUAUAUACUUUCCCUGGUAGAUGUUGCACGGGCUCCACAAAGUGGGAAAGCCGGUCGCCAGAAUUGCAAUCACGAAGUUAGGAGUGCAGUAGUGCUUCGAAAUCCCAAGCAUGAAGCCUAG